AUGACUAUCCAUACUCCAGAGGAUCUUCCUGAAGCUUUCCGCUUUCUGAACAUCCCGCCGGACUACACUAUAGUAAAGAAGUCCUCAGCAGACGGUGUGACUCCAAUCCUCCAGGAGUCAGGAGGGCGGAGCAGGACCCCCAUCACUGAGCCUCACGAGCAGAAGAUCCUAGAACUGAUCCGGAAGAUGAUGGAGCUGCUGACUGGAGAGGUUCCUAUAAGGUGUCAGGACGUCACUGUCUAUUUCUCCAUGGAGGAGUGGGAGUAUGUAGAAGGACACAAGGACCUGUACAAGGAGGCCAUGAUGGAGGCGCCCCGGCCUCUGACAUCACCAGAUGUAUCCAGUAGGAAACCUCCACCAGAGAGAUGUCCCCGUCCUCUGUCCUCCCAGCAUUGUCCAGAGAAUCAUCAGGAGGAAGAUCUCCUGGAUAUUAAGGUUGUGGUUAUAGAUGAAGAGGGGGAGACGGAUUUAAUGGCCAAUCAGCAGUGUGGACAGAUAGAAAGGAAUCCCCCCGAGAGAUGUCCCCGUCCUCUGUAUUCCCAGGGCUGUCCAGAGGAGAAGGUCCCAGGGAACCAUCAGGGGGGCGAUCUGACUAAUAUUAAAGUGGAGGAUGAAGACGAGAGGGCGAUGGGCGAUUCCCCGUGUAUGAGCAGCAUGGCGGCAGAUGUGACCACAGAAAACUUCCUGUUGUCUCCGAAUUGUAAAGAAGAAGAUAUCAUGGAACACCUUUCAGAAGAAAAUCUCACUCCCUUUAAUGUACGUCCAGCACUCCACCAUUCCGAUCCCUUAUAUACUCCCCAUAAUCAUGAGGAACCUUCUCCCGACCCAUCACAGACUCUUUCCAUGCAAAUUGGUCAGGAAGGAGAUGAAAGGUUUCAGACAAGCUCCGAUCAUGGUACACACACAAGAAUUCACACAGGGGAGAAGCCAUACUCCUGUUCUGAAUGUGGGAAAUGCUUUACUGAGAAAUCAGGCCUCGAUCACCAUGAGAGAAGCCACACGGGAGAGAACCAGAAUUCUUGUUUUCGAUGUGGGAAGUGUUUUAAUUGGGAAACGGUUCUUGUUAAACAUCAGAGAAUUCACACAGGGGAGAAGCCACCUCCGUGUUCAGAAUGUGGGAAGUGUUUCACAGAUAAAUCAAAUCUUGUAACGCACGAAGGAAGUCACACGGGAGAGAAGCAAUUUUCAUGUCCUCAGUGCGGGAAGUGUUUCACAAAAAAAUCCAAUCUUGUGAAGCAUCAGAGAAUUCACACGGGAGAAAAGCCAUUUUCAUGUUCAGAGUGUGGGAAGUGUUUUUACCAGAAAGCACACCUUGUGACACAUGCGAGAACUCACACAGGAGUGAAGCCAUUUGCAUGUUCAGAGUGCGGGAAAUGUUUUAACCAGAAAUCACAUCUUGUUAUACACAAAAGAACUCACACGGGAGAGAAGCCAUUUUCAUGUUCACUUUGCGGGAAGUGCUUUACAGAUAAAUCGAGUCUCGUCAUACACGAGAGAAUUCACACAGGGGAGAAGCUGUUAUCGUGUUCAGUGUGUGGGAAAUUCUUUACGGGUAAAUCUAAUCUGGUUAUACAUGAGAGAACUCACACAGGAGAGAAGCCAUUUUCAUGUUCACUCUGCGGGAAGUGCUUUACGGGUAAAUCAAGUCUUGUUAAACACUUGAGAAUUCACACGGGGGAGAAGCUGUUAUCGUGUUCAGUGUGUGGGAAGCGCUGCACUAAUAAAUCAGACCUUGCCAAACACGAGAGAAUUCACACAGGGGAGAAGCCGUAUUCAUGUUCAGUGUGCGGGAAAUGCUUUACGAAUAGAUCAAGUCUUGUUAAACACGAGCGACGUCAUGCGGGGGAGAAGACAUUUUGACGUUGUGUAUGUGGAAAAUGUUUUACGAGGCAAUCACUUUUUGAAUCUCAUCGGAGAAUUCACACAGAGAAGAGACAUAAACUUGUUCUAAUGUGGGAAAUGCUUUAAAAACAAAACGAUUUUUCCUCAUAUUCUUCACAUCAGUUAUUAGAGUUUAUUUGUGGGUUGGAUCUGCCUGCCGACCUAAUAAUAUUUACCUGAGGUCCGCGGUGACCGGGAUCCGUGGAGGAAAAGCCUUGUCACAUGUACCUGGCGUCUUAUUACUGUAUUCCUACGUUCAUGACCUUCGUGGUGAUGUAAGGGCGCCUCGUAGAAACUUCUGAUUCUUUAAGACGUGAAGAGAUCAAGAUUUGGAAUUAAUCAAAAAACAAUAAGUAAAAGUUGCGAUCAUUUGUUAAAAGUAAUCCCCACAUCUGCCAUUUCCUUCAGGGGCUCGAACACCUUGCACGGCCAAUUUGGCCUCAUUCACACUUGUGUCGUUUGCUUCAAGAUUUGUAAGCCACAACUAAGACAACCUGGAGGAUGUGCUGAUCUUCCAGAUAUAUAGUGACCAAAAUACACAAAUGUGUCCUCUAUCUAGUCCCUGCUUGUAAGAUUCCGGCAUGGAUAUGGGUCACAUGUCGGGGCGCUCCAGCUAAUGACUGGCUGCAGCAGGGAUGCAGGAGCCAGCAGAUUACACAGCGCAGUGAGCUGUGGACUGAAGGAGUCAGAACCGAGCAGCGGGGAGCAGGUCUAGAGUUAGAAGGGGAGACAAACUGUGUUAAAAAGCUGCAGCUUCCCUUCAAGGUCCUUUUACACUGGCCAAUAAUUUGCCAAAUAUUCACAUGAACUUUAGUUUAUGCGGGCAUUAAAGGGGUUAUGCCAACGCUAGAACCAGCCCCGUACCUCACAUGGAUCCAGACAGCUCGCCAUUAGUAACUCUGCUAAAUUUAU